UAUAUGCUUUUAUCUCUUGUGUUAAGCGUUGUUAAGCUGUGUUAUCUCUAUUUAAGUGUUGAUCUAUUUUUUUUCUACUUAAUUGGGCUUUGUAAACAACUUACAAACAAGUUUCUAUAUGAUAAAAUGCCAGCUAGUGUUUUUUUUUUCACAGAGAGCGACAGCUGUAGGGCUGUGCUUGGUUAUUUGUUGUUCAUUUCGAAGUAUUUAUUGUUUAGCUAUUUCAUUCUAUACUGAUUUUUUUUUUGUUGUUGUUGGUAUGUUGUUUUUUUAUUUUUGUAGUUUGUUUGUAGUUUUAACACACAUUUUGUAAAUACCCCAAAGAAUGUUGGAAGAACUUACUGCUAAACUGUGUAGCUUCCGUGUACUCACACACACAGCGAAAUAAAAACUACAACAUUUUUACCCUGUGUAUCUGAAUUACAUUUAUUAGAAUAAAGCGAGCACCGGAAACUCCCACCUUUAUUACUAUAAACUUCGCCCCCGCGCUGCGAUUGGCUGCUGUUAACUCGUCUCUUGCGCUGUGAUUGGUUGUUCUGCAGUUCGUUCUCCUCUUGAGUGAGGAUGAUUACCUAAUCUGAGGUGAAUAGUGCUGCAGUCUGUCGGAAUACAAGUGGAGAAAAUAGUUCCUCAGCGAGUCUGAGAGAGUCUGAGGAACUGAAGAGCCGCAGCUGGAGCUCCGGAGUUGAGCACGUGCAUGGUGUGAUCCACAGUCAGCUCCAAGGUGGUCUAUGUUAGCAAACGCUGUAGUGACUCAUGUUCAGCCUGCAGAGACAGAUGUUUGAGCAGCACCUGAGGAUGGAGGGAGCGAGGGAGAGGGGGAAAGAGGGGGAAGAAAGAGAGAAAGAGAGACAGGCACUUAAGCAGCUUUGGGAUAAAGGGAAGAGCCAAUACAGUGCUGUAGCCAGUCCUUGGGUAAAACAGAAGCUGCGUCAGUUGAUCAAACAGAAGAACGAACAAGCGGAGUCCAACUUCAGCAGCAUCCCCACAGGCUUCAGGAAUCUGACUCCUAUUCCCGACCUGAACUUUCAACAUCUUCAACAGAACUCUUCCUCAUCUCUAAUCUAUGGAAGCGACCGGUUACGGAGAACACACUCGGAGCCCCUCAUCAAGCUGAAGCUUAGGAGGAGCAUAAGUAACAGGAGGAAUCCUCUCUGUCAUAAAUCAAGUGCUCCCCCUACAGUGUGCAUUCCAGCAUCUGAGUGCAGUUUACCCUCCAGUCAGUCAAACAGUGGAUUGUUAGCCUGGAACUACACCGGAAAACAGUUCCACAAGAGUCAGAGUCAUCUGGACUGUGGAAUGAUGGAGGGUACCCCCAUGCAACCCUCUACAUAUUUGUAUGUCACACCUGACCAGGAGACUCUGGGGGGUGCUUUCUCUUCUGCUGCACCCUCUUUUUACGUCUCAAAUGAUCCUAGAUACCCUUCAGUCCUCACCAGUCCUCACCCACAGGUUCAACAAGUCCUGGUGGUAGGGCCAGAGAGGCCUCUGAUCAGAUCCAAGUCACAGCCAGCGUUUUUUAUUACUCAAUACUCUCCACCUCCAUAUAUCUUCCGGUCCUACAGCAGCCAACGGAAAAAAAAAAACAGACAGACACAAGAGGGCGAGGCCGUUAAAAGUAAACAUGGAGAACUGAAGGCGAAAGGCAAGAUGAACUCUGGGCACUUGUUUAAUGAAGAAUAUGUCCAAAACAAUGAACAGCAGAGCAGUCUUAACUCCACUUCAUACACAACUCCAGCCCGCCAGCAAAGGUCCUCUUUCAGACGAAAUGCUGGCUUUCAUCACGCACUGAAACACAGAGAGAUGUCUCGUAAUUUGUGCAUGGCUGAUAUUAAAGAGCCCUGUACAGAGAACUGUAUCACAGGGGUGGUGUGUAACUCAGAGAUGCAAAACACCCAGUGCACCUGUCGUGGCAGCAACCCUCCUUCUGACCUUACCAACAGUGUGUGGUCAAGACUGCAGAAAUGUGGCCUUAUAAAACAGUGUAAGAAAAUCCCAGGGAGAAAAGCCACUACUCAGGAAAUCCAGUCCGUUUAUCAGGAGAACAGCAGUGUUCCUUACGGAACUAAUCAUCUGGGCCGUCUAAACCUGGCAUCAGCGAAAAUGGCAGCAGGCAGUGUGACUGAGCUGGUUCUGCGGGUGGCACAGGGAGAACUGAAGAAUGGUUUUGCAAUAGUUAAACCAUGUGGUACUUCAGACUCGGAGUCAGGUUCCUUUAGUUCAGUAGCGAUUGCUGCUAAACAGCUCCAGCACAGACUCUGUGACAAAAAGAUUCUUAUUGUUGACUGGGACAUUCAUCAUGCUGAAAUUGUUCAGAAUGUUUUCUACACUGAUCCCAAAGUUCUCUACAUCUCACUUCACCGCAAAGAUACACUCAGCCCUGCAAGAGGAGGACCCACUGACGUGGGGUCUGGUGAUGCAGUGGGAUUCAAUGUUAACGUGCCCUGGUCAGAUAAACUGGAGACAAUAGGAGAUGCUGAGUACCUGGCAGCUUUUAGGACUGUGGUUCUUCCAAUUGGACGUCAGUUCUCCCCUGAUGUGGUUCUUGUGUCAUCUGAGUUUAAUGCAGUUGAUGGUCACCCAGCAUCUUCUGGAGGACACAGAGUGUCUGCUAACUGUUUUGGAUUUCUGACACAGAGACUGAUGGACUUGGCCAAAGAUGGAGUGGUUCUGGUAUUAGAGGGAGGUCAUGACAUAAUGGCCAUAUGUGAUGCAUCAGAAGCAUGUGUUAAAGCUCUACUGAAUUAUAAGUUUGUAGCUCCGUCUGAAGAUGUAUUGAAGAAGAGGCCAUGUGCUAAGGCUGUUCAGUGCCUUCAGAAAGUCUUACGCAUUCAGAGUAAGUACUGGAGCUCAGUGAAUGCUGAAGCUCAUACGGUGGAUCAGCCGUGGUUUUGGGCUAGUGGAAGAUGUUUUACAGACAGUGAUGCUUCCUCAGCAAUGGCCUCUCUCAGCAUGUCUGAAGCCGACAGUAGCAGCAGUCAGUCACGCUUCUGUCAUGGGCCGAUGGAGCAUGAUGAGAAUGAGACGUAUUGAUGGUGAAAAAAGCUGAAGAUCAGAACCCGACAAUUGAAUGAGGGAAAAGAAGAAGAAAAAAGAGCUUUCUUUUUAUCUUUCAAACUCCACCGUUUUGGAGUAACUAUAAUUUUGGACCACAGAUAACAACUAUGCCUGUUUUAAAAUCAUAAACAACUUUCACUGCAUAUUAUAUUAUUAUUAUUAUAAAAUAAAAACACACACUGAAAUAAAAUGUUAUUAUAUACUAAUAUAUACCAAAUGUAGCACAUCUACCUAGUUAUAACUAUAAGAGGUCUGUGUGAUGAGUAAGUGAAUUGGUCCUGAAUGACUACAAGCACAAGUUCCAUAAAGAUCUGCAGAGUUAAAAGACAAAAGACAUCAAGGAUUAUAUUUACUGUAGUAACUCAUAACAUGAUCGUCAGAUAUUAAUGAAACCUGCUGAGUUUAAGCAACGGCAGAUCUUGUCAGCAGAGCUUCAAUCAAUAUGUUCUUAUUUGAACUGCGCAGUAUGUCACAGAAAUCUGUGUGGGAUUUAGCUUUUAAAUCUGCCCACCGCAGACUCCCCCAGUCCCAUUUCCACAUUCUUGGGUUGCCAAGAAUAGAGAAAACUUGUUUUCUUUGCAUUAUUUGAGACCUAAAAGCUCUGAUAUUUGUUAUUUCAGCCAAUUCUUAUUUUCUGCAAAUAAGUGCUCUAAAUGACUAUUUAUUUGGAAUUUGGGAGAAAUGUUGUCCGUAGUUUAUAGAAUAAAACAACAAUGUUCAUUUGACUCAAACAUCUACCGAUAAAUAGCAAAAUCAGAGAAAUUGACCUGGAAAUUGAAGUGGUCUCUUCAUUUUAUCUAUAUUAAAUGUAUGUAUCUCAAAAAUCAAUGGAUUGAUGUCUAAAGAUUUUGAAGACAUUUCUGCCAUAAUACUGUUGCUUUUUUUCUUAAAAGCUCUUUUUAAACUAAAAACUAAUGCAUCUACAUCUCAAUUGUGGCCCUUGACUGAAUUUCUUUUGAUUCUUUUUUUGCUUUUAAAUAAGCUAAAAUACUGAGUGCUGCACUUAAAUUAAUGUUGUUGCCAGUGUUUUAUACUGAAACAGCCUUUGUAUUACUUUUAGUUUAUAGCAUUUUACAGGUACUGACAAACACUUUUCAGUAGAGUAAACCUUAACAUGUUUUCAGGAUGUUUAUAUAUAUAUAUUUUUUUGUAGUUAUUUUUGUGAUUGUUUUUAUUGCUCUUAAUAGUAAAGCCUUCCCUGAAAUGUAGAUGCACAUUCACUGAAUAAAAUCAUGUUGGUAUAUACUGCUCUGUAUUCUGGAAUAAAAUGUAUUG